AUCAACAUCCAGUCUCUGUCCAAGGAUGCGCAGAACCACCUGCUCCGCUCCUAUUUCUCUGAGGAAGGCAUCGAGUACAACCUUGUGCGCGUCCCCAUGGCCAGCACCGACUUCUCCGUGCGCCUCUACACCUACGCCGAUGCGGAGGGAGACUUCGAGCUGAAGCACUUCAACCUGACUGAGGAGGACACGCGGAUGAAGAUCCCCAUUCUCCAGGCAGCCCAGGCGGUGGCCAAGCGGCCGCUCUCGCUGUAUGCCAGCCCCUGGACCUCCCCGGUCUGGAUGAAGACAAACGGCGCAAUGACUGGGAGGGGGACGCUGAAGGGCAGCCCUGGGGACAAGUACCACCAGGCCUGGGCCAAGUACUUUGUCCGGUGA